AUGAGCCACGAUAAAAAGCUGAAUGAUAAGUCUAUAAGAAUAAGAUCAGGAACUCCACAAGGCCGAUCCUCUUUCCAAAGAUCACGGUCACCAAUGAUAGAACAAAACAUCUCAUUCGCUAUAAACCUGCAGUCAAAACUCGAUUUACAGAAUAAUCCGAAAGAUUUAGAACGGACACUUUUCCACAACUCCUUACCCAAAUCGCACUCACAAUCUAAGCUUAUAUUUAACUCUUUAUCAAAUUCCAAAAGCCCUGAAAGCUUUUUCACAACAACAAUAUCAGAAAUCGAACAAAUGAGCUCCGACUGUACGACUCCUUCGACUAAAUCCACAAUUGAAAAAAAUUUGGACAUUUAUGCACUGGAAUCGAAAAUUAAUUACCAAAUGCAAAAAUUAGGCGAAGAAUGUGUAAUCAGCUUAGAUAAGUUCAAAAUUUAUAAUAAAAUGUGGGAAGAGCUGAUCACAAUUGAAAACCCAUAUUCAAAAGUUCUGAGACAGAUAAAAAAUGGAUAUGAUGAAUGGAUUAAUUUUUUAGAUAAAGAAAUGAAAGCUAAAAGCCAGAAAAUCGAGAUAAUAAAUGGAAAAUUAAAAGAAGCAACUCAUACUUUGAAGCUUCUAAAGAAAAGAUUCAAAAAGCUCGCAGUUGAAAACAUGGAAUUAAAUUCAAAUUUAAGUGACAAAAAUAAGGAGAACUGCUAUUUUCAAGAAAAAAUUGAAUCCUUGAAACUUCAGCUGAAAAAUGAGAAGCUAAAUGGCAAAGAAUCUCUGAAAAGCUUGCGAAAUGACAAUCACACGCUAAAAGAUCUACUAAAGGAAUCAAAUGAUUAUGCAAAAGAGUUGAAAGGGAGAUUGAAACUAUUCAGAGAACUAGUCAAUGCGGUAAAAUCAAAUGGAUACCCCGUUGAAGAUAUUUAUAAUCAAAUCAUGAAAAGCAAAGCACACAAACAAGAAAACUCGAUUGACUUGAAAAUAUCAUUCAGUAACCAAUCGUUUUUGAAUCAGCUCCCAAAUAAUGAAGCAGAUCAUUUGAGCACAGUUGAUUUUAUUUAUUCCCCGAGUGUGGAUUGUAGCGAUGUAGGGGAAAUUUUUACUUAUAAGGAAUUUAAUGAAGAUUCAGUAUUCAAUGCUCUUUCAGAGAUAAGAGACGUAUAA